AUGUCCGAGGGGCACGAAGAUGAUUAUGGACAGAAUGACGCGACGUCACUCCCCAUGCCCCACAUGGCCGGGGUCUCGAGCGUUACAGGGAACGAGAAGCGACCAAUCCAAUCAGCUUUGAAGCGCGCCAAAAGUUCACAAGGGGCUACCUCGUAUAAUCACAAGCUCUCGUCUCCCUUUCCUAAUAAGGUAGCUUCGAUAGAAACACCUUACUCCAUACUUCUUCUCCCUCCCCCCACAAACACGACUACUUCGUACAACAACAACAACAACAACAACGACGACAACAACGACGACAACAACGACGACAACAACGACGACAACAACGACGACAACAACGACGACAACAACGACGACAACAACGACGACAACACCAGACCGGCCCGAUUAUAA